CGUGCAGUGGCGGAUCCAGAGUACGUCAAAAUAAAUUACUGCAGCACAUUUUGGCGUUUAUUUACAUUUCUAAACACCUUAGAGGCUAAUCCAUUGGUAAAAUUGUGUUCUUUAGAAAUUAAAAACCAAUAGUGUUUUUCUGAAUGUAAUUGGUACAACUGAGGAGCUAAAAUAUAUUUUGACGUUCACUGGAUCACCAUUUGAUGUUCUUUGGACGUGUCGUACGUCGCAUGCGAGUGUCGUGUGUCAAUGGUUUCAUGAAACAAUGCUUUGUUACAAAAGUUAUUUAAAAAAAGUGCUAUCUAUUUUGGCCGUCAAGAGAAAAAAUAAAGGAAGAGAAAACAGCUUACAUUGCGGAAAAAACAUUAGAAACAUUCCAGGUUGACAACUGACCGUAAAGAGGAAAUGUUAUUUAUUUCAUAUUCAAAUUCACAAACCAGACGCCCACAUUUGACGCCUGUCGUUUUCACAUACACUUAGCACUUUUGCGCGGAAUUUCCUAAGAACAUAGAAUCUAUCGAUUUUUUGAAAUUGAAAAUUACAGCGCCAUAAAAUUACUAAUCUAGAGUAGCCGAAGACGCCAUGAUGUGGAAUCAAAGCCAAACAUGGCUCUAUACGGCAUGGUUCGUCGCUAUUUUAUUCAUUCAUCAUCAAGUGAAAUCCGCUCCUUUGCAAGGUCCCAAUGUCACAAACAUAAGGGCUGUUAAUUCUACAUCACUUGAAAUUACAUGGGAUAUGUUACCAGAAGAGGAUGCUAAUGGGGACAUAACAGGAUACAUGAUUUGUUAUCAUACAGAGCCGUUUUCCAAUCCUACCUGUCCUAAAAACAUGAUUACAGGAGAUGUUACAUCUUUCAAUUUGACUGGUUUAAAUGAAGCAACGACAUAUUAUGUCAGAGUAAAAGCUAGUAAUGGUACUAAUGCUGGUCCUUUGGGCAAUCUAUUUAAUGGCACAACAUUGGAAGACAAACCAGCAAAAGGUCCUAACGCAACUUUAAAGUUCGUUAAUUCAACGUCAAUUCGUGUUAAUUGGAACACAUUGAGUGAAGAUGAUGCAAAUGGUGUAAUAACAGGAUAUGAAGUAUGUUAUGAAGUGGGAACUGAGGUUUCAAAUUGCACUAAAAAUGUACCAAGUAAUACAACCAGUGGAACGAUCAUGGACUUAAAACCUGCAACUCAUUAUGCUAUUGCUGUUCGUGCAUUUACAGCUAUUGGUUUUGGACCGCUGGGGGCGAUUUUACCGGUGACAACUAAUGAAAGUGCUCCUGCGCAAGCCCCGACUGUGACUGCAGUACAUCCUCUGAAUUCAAUGGCGCUACGAAUUGUUUGGGAGAUGUUACAGCCAGAGGAUAGAAAUGGAGAUAUAACAGGAUACAUGAUAUGUUAUGAUAGGCAGACGUUUUCUAAUGGCUGUCCUCGAAGUAAUUUUACAGGAGAAGAUGUUACGUCAUUCAAUUUAACUGGCUUAAAUGAAGCAACUGAUUAUUAUGUUGGUGUGAAAGCUAGAACUAGUGCUGGAUUUGGUCCUUUGGGUACUCUGUUAAAAGGCACGACACUGGAAGACAAACCAGCAAAAGGUCCUAACGCAAUUUUAAAGUUUGUUAAUUCAACGUCAAUUCGUGUUAAUUGGAGCACAUUGAGUGAAGAUGAUGCAAAUGGUGUAAUAACAGGAUAUGAAGUAUGUUAUGAAGUAGGAACUGUGGUUUCAAAUUGCACUAAGAAUGUACCAAGUAAUACAACCAGUGGAAUGAUCAUGGACUUAAAACCUGCAACUCAGUAUGCUAUUGCUGUUCGUGCAUCUACAGCUAUUGAUUUUGGACCGCUGGGGGCGAUUAUACUUGUUACAACUAAUGAAAGUGCACCUGCGCAAGGCCCGACUUUGACUGCAGUACAUCCUCUGAAUUCAAUGGCGCUACGAAUUGUUUGGGAGAUGUUACAGCCAGAGGAUAGAAAUGGAGAUAUAACAGGAUACAUGAUAUGUUAUGAUAGGCAGACGUUUUCUAAUGGCUGUCCUCGAAGUAAUUUUACAGGAGAAGAUGUUACGUCAUUCAAUUUAACUGGCUUAAAUGAAGCAACUGAUUAUUAUGUUGGUGUGAAAGCUAGAACUAGUGCUGGAUUUGGUCCUUUGGGUACUCUGUUAAAAGGCACGACACUGGAAGACAAACCAGCAAAAGGUCCUAACGCAACGUUAAAGUUCGUCGAUUCAAAAUCAAUUCGUGUUAAUUGGAAUACAUUGAAUAAAGAUGAUGCAAAUGGUGUAAUAUUAGGAUAUGAAGUAUGUUAUGAAGUAGGAACUGUGGUUUCAAAUUGCACUAAGAAUGUACCAAGUAAUACAACCAGUGGAAUGAUCAUGGACUUAAAACCUGCAACUCAGUAUGCUAUUGCUGUUCGUGCAUCUACAGCUAUUGAUUUUGGACCGCUGGGGGCGAUUUUACUUGUUACAACUAAUGAAAGUGCACCUGCGCAAGGCCCGACUGUGACUGCAGUACAUCCUCUGAAUUCAAUGGCGCUACGAAUUGUUUGGGAGAUGUUACAGCCAGAGGAUAGAAAUGGAGAUAUAACAGGAUACAUGAUAUGUUAUGAUAGGCAGACGUUUUCUAAUGGCUGUCCUCGAAGUAAUUUUACAGGAGAAGAUGUUACGUCAUUCAAUUUAACUGGCUUAAAUGAAGCAACUGAUUAUUAUGUUGGUGUGAAAGCUAGAACUAGUGCUGGAUUUGGUCCUUUGGGUACUCUGUUAAAAGGCACGACACUGGAAGACAAACCAGCAAAAGGUCCUAACGCAACGUUAAAGUUCGUCGAUUCAAAAUCAAUUCGUGUUAAUUGGAAUACAUUGAAUAAAGAUGAUGCAAAUGGUGUAAUAAUAGGAUAUGAAGUAUGUUAUGAAGUAGGAACUGUGGUUUCAAAUUGCACUAAGAAUGUACCAAGUAAUACAACCAGUGGAAUGAUCAUGGACUUAAAACCUGCAACUCAGUAUGCUAUUGCUGUUCGUGCAUCUACAGCUAUUGAUUUUGGACCGCUGGGGGCGAUUUUACUUGUUACAACUAAUGAAAGUGGUAAGAUAGUUGUUUGUAAUUGAAAUAUAAAUAUUAUGUUUGAUUAUCCCUUUGUGUGGUAAAUACGGAUUUAUCAACUCGCACGGUUCUGUGCCGUGUGACAUACGAUUUUCACUAACGUCCAUUCAACACGAUUUUUGCCAGAAUGUAGAAUGCAGUGUGACAUAGUAACAACUAUUGAAAGUGGUAAGAAAGAACUUUGAUGGCAGUUGUGAAUGAGAAAAGUUGUUUUGUGUUUAUUUUUGAAAUUUAAAGCUAACACCUCAUGUGUUGUGAAAUGUUUAGAAGGUUUGAAAAAAUUGCCCGUGUCGAUUCAUCAAAAAAAAGUAGCAAAA